AUGGACGCAUUGGAGCAGAUCAAGUUCGACGUGGUCGGCCUCUCCGAGACGCACACGAAGAAGGCACAACGUAUGCGGUGGACAGACGGCAAGCUGCGGGGGGCCGAAGUACACGUCGCGCCGUGCACCAUCGGCCAAAACGACAGCACCAUCGGAGGCAUCGGCUUCAUUAUUCACAAGAGUCUGACGUGCAGCGUCCUGUCCAUCGAGCUCAAAUCCAGCCGAAACGGCGUCCUGAGGCUGAAGGCUCCCGGUCAACGUCUACCCGUGAUGAUCAUCCAGGUCUACGCUCCUCACAGCGGAUACUCGGAGGACGAGCACGAAGACUUCUACGCCGAAUUGGACCUAAAGCUCGCACAACCAGCCUGCCGGACCAUCGUCAUGGGCGAUUUCAACGCACGCACGGGGCGCGGCCAGCCGGGAGAAGCCUUCGUUGGCAAAUUCAGCGCAGAAAACAGAAACCCGGCCGGGCACCGGAUGACUGCCUUCGCGGAGAGCAAGAAGCUGUACGUGAUGAAUAGCUUCUUCGAGAAGCCACGGAGAAAACGGUGGACGUGGCAGUCAGCGGAUGGCACGACCCGCUCAGAAAUCGACUACGUCCUGUGCGACGACAGAUGGUGCGUCCAAAACUUCGAAGUCCUCUCGAGGUUUAUGGCCAGAAGCGACCACAAGAUCGUUCGUGCGACGCUUCUACUUGACUUGCCAGGCAUGAAGCGGAAGCGGGCACUCGCAGGCAAGCAGAAAAUGCCGGCGGAGAUAGACCAGGCGAAGCUCCGAGCAGAAGUCCGUACGGUGAACUGGAACGCUAGCGGUGACUCACGAAUCAACGAGCGCUACGAACAGCUCGAAGAGACGCUGAUGCGAUGCGUAAAAACGGCAGAGGUCAAGCCACGCAAGGCCAGUGAGCCGAGGAUAAAACCGGAAACCCGCACUCUUCUCGCCGAGCUGCAGUCGCUGAAACAGAGCGGUGAAGGGCCAGAGAAAUGCCGCGAGCUGAGCCGAGAGAUUAGAAGAAAGCUCGAGACCGACUACGAGGAACAUCGGAACAAGCGGCUCGUGGAAGCAGCAGUCGCUAGGCAGAGCAUAAAGAAAUGCAAGCGAAGGCUAGCACAAUCACAGCUCGUCACAGGCGCUCUCCUGGAUGAAAACGACGCCCUUCAGACUGAGCGGCCGGCGGUCGAAGAUGUAUGCCGUAGAUUCUACACGUCGCUAUUCGACAGCAAAGUAGAAGUGACUAGGAUCGAAAGAAACCCGGAAGGACAUCCAGCAACUCCUGCGCCCGUUAGCUGGCUCGAAAUCCAAGACGCGCUGAAGACGUUCAAGAACGGCAAGGCUCCCGGCCCUGACGGUAUUACGGCAGAGAUGCUAAAGGCCGGCGGGCCAGAACUCUGGAAGCGCGUCAGCAAAUUCUUCACGCAGUGCAUGCGGCAACGGAAGAUCCCGCUCAAAUGGAAAGAGUCACGAACCGUGCUCCUGUACAAGAAGGGUGAUCCUGAAGACCUAAAGAACUACCGACCCAUCUGCCUACUGCCGGUUAUGUACAAGCUCUUCACGAAG